AUGCUAGGACCAUUUGACCGUCGACUCAAGCGAUCGCGCUGUCAGCGUUGUGCAGCGAGCCAUCUCAAAUGCUCGGGUACGAACCCUUGCGCCAACUGCAGCCGCAAGAAUACGCCGUGCAUCUACGCGACGGCCGCAAGCACUGAUGUUCCUAUAAUCAUAGUUGAGAGCAGCAGAGCGGUCGUGUCGUUAGCCACAGCCCGACGGAGGUCGGCCGCGGCGCCCCGGGCCAGCCCCGCCCUCGACGACGAGCGAUACUUUUACUAUUUUGACGUGUUUGCGCGGCGGAAUAGUUUUAGCGGCAAGAAACACUCAUUUACAGAUGAUGUGAAGCAGAUGAGCGAAUUGCAGACAGUGCCGUAUUUUCUCAACUCGAUACGCGCUCUUGGCGCGAUUCAAGCAUCCAAGCUCGCGCCGUCGUGCAGCACGCGCCUCCGAAGCGACACUUGCAUGAGUUACGCGCUGUAUGCCCAAGCUGUCACAGGGCUGCGCAAAAGUCUCGACAGACAGAAGCAAGGACUGUCUGUUACGAAUCGCACAGCGCUCUUAUGGACGACGCUUUUUCUCGGCAUGUUCGAACUCAUGUCGGACACGAGCGGAACGGGGUGGCUGCAGCACAUGGUGCACGGCACCAGCAAGGGUCUGGCUGCGUCGGGCCCGUCCAUCUGCGCCGCGCCGGCUGGGGCGCGAAUGUUUCAGCAGGCCAGGAUGUUUGAGGUGUGUCGAACGAUUGUGUUCAACGACCGGUCACUCCUGACGCGGCCUGAAUGGACCGCGGCCUCGCAGAGGUUGUGGUCCGACGACCGCUUCUCGGACGACUGGCGACCGCUGGACGCGCUGGUGGACCUGAUGCUGCUAUGUUCCGACCUACGAUACAGAGCAAACCUGUUCUGCCUCGCUGAAGAUGCCAAUCCUAGCACAGGCGUACCCGAGAAAGCGCGCGAAAUUGCUGGCACGGGCAUGGCGCUGCGAGCCGCGCUGACCGCGUGGCACAAAGCCUAUCUGGAGUCGACCGAGGACGGUGGCAUUGUCGACGGGCGGGCGCAUGAAGACGAAUGUGGCCUGCUGACCAGACUCUUCUGGUCCGCCAUCAGCAUCUACCUGUCGGGCACUUUCGACUAUGAGAUGUACCACUGGCGACGUUUCGUGUUGGCGGUGCCGACGCUCGACGCGGUGACGGUGCGGGGGCACGUCGAGACCAUCUUGUUGCUCGUCGAGCACGCGCUAGACCGGAGCAGUCUGUCGCCGUUGCUUUUUCUCUUUCCGUUGCGCAUCGCGGGGGCACGCUCAACCCGGGCGCCAGCCGCACAGCGCGCGCGGGUGCUGCGCAUCUUGGACGCGGUAGCGGAGCGUUUCGCCGCCGGGCAGGCGAUUAAGGAGGCAUUAAUAGAUGCAUGGGUAUCAAUGGGCGUGGGAACGACCGAUGAUUGCUCCAAGGUUCAUCAACUGAUGUGCAGCAAGGGCUGA